AGUCCCCGCGAGCUCGAGAUCUGUGAGCAGCCACCAUGUCGAUCUUCACCCCCACCAACCAGAUCCGACUGACCAAUGUAGCCGUGGUGCGGAUGAAGCGGGGAGGGAAGCGCUUCGAAAUCGCCUGCUAUAAAAACAAGGUCGUCGGCUGGCGGAGUGGAGUGUGAGUGAUGCUGCGUCCAGAGUUCAGCGGACCGGCCACUUCGAGGCCUGGUCUUCUUAACCCUGGCUCUUGAGAGUACCUUUCAGGACUGGUUUGCCUGAUUCGGAUUGGGUUUUGGUUUGAGAUUUUGUUGGUGUCAUAAAAACUGCCAGCUAUAAACUUCGUCAGAGCCGGGUGGGACUAUGUCUGUAAUCCCAGUGCUCAGGAUACUGAGGCAGGAGGAUUGCUGUGAGUUCCAGGUGUGUUUGACCCUGUCCUAAAAAAAAAAAACAAAGCUGCAACCACGAGGACCCCGAAAUCGCGGUGGCCUCUUGGAUUAAUGAUUAAGACGCUAUCACAAAGAAAAGAAACAUUGUCAUUUUUCCAAGGAUAGUAGUCCGGAAGCUAAUCCUACACCUACGAAUACUGAAAUUAGUACAGCAAACGUCUCACACACACACCUCAGAAUCCCCCGUUUCCCAAAGUGCGUAUAAUGUCUUCGCUACUGCCAUCUAGGGACAGACAUUCCAGGACGCAAGCACCACUCCCCACCACACCCUGAGUUUUCUUACAUAAAACAAUGACGUGGUUUUUCCCUCCAUAGUGCAGUGGGAGAAUACAGAUACUGUCCUGAGUUUUCGAUUGGUCCUGCGCAGGGAAAAAGACCUUGAUGAAGUUCUGCAGACCCAUUCAGUGUUUGUCAAUGUUUCCAAAGGUCAGGUUGCCAAGAAGGAAGACCUCAUCAGUGCAUUUGGGACCGACGACCAGACUGAAAUCUGCAAGCAGAUUCUGACUAAAGGAGAAGUUCAAGUGUCAGAUAAAGAACGGCACACACAGCUGGAGCAGAUGUUUAGGGAUAUUGCCACCAUUGUGGCAGACAAGUGUGUGAACCCGGAAACAAAGAGACCCUACACCGUUAUCCUCAUCGAGAGAGCCAUGAAGGACAUCCACUACUCCGUCAAACCCAACAAGAGCACCAAGCAGCAGGCGCUGGAGGUGAUAAAGCAGCUGAAGGAGAAGAUGAAGAUCGAGAGGGCGCACAUGCGCUUGCGCUUCCUCCUGCCGGUGAACGAGGGAAAGAAGCUGAAGGAAAAGCUGAAGCCCCUGAUGAAGGUCGUGGAGAGUGAGGACUACAGCCAGCAGCUGGAGAUCGUAUGCCUCAUCGACCCAGGCUGCUUCAGAGAAAUUGACGAGCUGAUAAAAAAGGAAACGAAAGGCAAGGGUUCUCUGGAAGUGCUCAGUCUGAAAGACGUGGAGGAGGGAGAUGAGAAGUUUGAAUGACACCGAGUAGGUCCUCAGCGCAGCACAACAGCGGGCGUCCGUCUGUCCUAGCAGCAGCAGCAGCAGCAGCAGCAGCAGUGCGUUUCUGGGACCUGCCAAAAGCCCUCUGGAGCAAUGUGCCACUUUCCAUCCUGUGUUAAACAUUGGCCUGGGUGCCUGGUAUUUUUGUUGUCAAUUGGGGUUUCCAGCCAAAAUGAAAAGAAUAACCCAAAAUACAGAGUCCAGAACAGCUGUUCACUGAUGUGUAUGCCUUUCUGGUUCCACAGGGAAGACCAGAGGCAGCGCUGGAUAAGAAGGUAGAUUUAGUACGUGACAGAUGACUGGAGAGGGUCUGUAUAACAAAGGGGGACGCCUGCUGGGAAGGAAGAUGUGUUCUGCGUAAUGAAGUCCAGGUCUGGGGUGUGAGCUUGGAGAGAUCUUUCUGUCUCCCUACGAAUAGGUGUGUAAUGAAUGACUGGGGAGAAAUUGAAUUUUUAGUUUUCAACAAACAUGGUACCACAACUUAGAUGAUUCUUGGGAAAAUAUAUAAAGUCAUUUAAUACUAAUCUUAAAAGUUUAUAAUAUAUGUUAGGAUAGUUAAAAAUUAUAUGUAAUCAAUAAAACUUAUUUUUACUAA